AUGCAACAAAUCCUAACACGACUUAUUCAAGGAACAAAAAGGGGUGGUGAAGACGAUGGACAUGAAUUGCAUCAUGUCACAUGUGAUGGAUGUGGAGAUAGUCCUAUACACGGUGAUCGUUACAAAUGUUUGCAAUGUGAUAAUUUCAAUCUAUGUAGUGGAUGUUUUGAACGUCGUGCUGAACCCAAAAAACAUAAGAGUGGACAUUUAUUCGUCCAUUUCCGUUUACCAAACGAACUCUUUGGUCGAGCUGUAUCCAAUAAUGAUGUAACGCUCGAGAAACUCAUAGAAUUCUAUGCCAAAGAAGUAAACAAAUCGGCUACCUGUGACGGAUGCCAAAUUUUAGACUUUGUCGGAUUACGUUUCAAAUGUGAUUUGUGUCCGGACUAUGAUUUAUGUUUAAAAUGUGCUACUACAGGUGUCACAACGAAUGAUCACAAAUUAACACAUCCAUUGAUUCUUAAUUCUCGUCGAGUGAUCGUACAGAUAUCUAUAAAUGAUAUUGAACUGGGUGAAAAAUUGGGCAGUGGUGCUUUCGGUGCCGUUCAUAAGGCUCGAUGGAUAUCAAAAAAUCGUCCAGUAGCCUGUAAAAUAAUUGUUGUGCCUGAUAGUAACGAGCCUAGUUCUCUAGAGAAAAGUUUUGUCAAGGAAAUGUCUGCUUACAUAGAAUUAUCUGGUGGUUACAUUCUCAAAACGUAUGGAUAUGCUGGGGGUCGACAGGGAAACAAAAGUAUUUAUAUGAUCAUCAUGGAAUAUAUGUCACGUGGUAGUUUAACAAGUGUAAUCAAGAGUAAAACCAAAAUAUGUCUACAGCAAAAAGUCAAUAUGGCCAGACAGAUCGCUAGUGCGAUGCGUAAGAUCCAUGACCAUCACAUGAUUCAUCGAGACAUUCGACCAGAUAAUAUUUUGGUUAAUCAACAAUAUACGUGCAAGAUCGGUGAUAUGGGCAUUGCACGUGUUGUUGACCCAUUAAAUCAGCAUACGCGUAUUGGCUGUCAAUCUUCCUUGCCACCAGAAUUUUACAGUGGCACAUAUGAUCAAAAACUGGAUAUUUUCAUGUUUGGCCUAACUUUGAAUGAAUUCUUUACUGAAAAACAGCACAAUUUUCGAAUGUUUGCUAAGGAAAAGAUUGUCUUUCAAGAAGAGAGUCCAAUCUUUCAAGAACUGAUUACUCGAUGUACAGCCUAUGAUCCAAAGCAUCGACCAACAGCAAUCGAGAUUGAAAAGACUCUGGAAUUUUAUGUUGAAGGUUUCGAAUCCAUUGUUCUCAAGAACAAUCCUGACUAUGUUCUCUUAUCUAUUGAACAAAAGAAUCAAGUUUACAUCAACUUCUAUGAACAAUUCCACAAACCAGCAACAGAAUUCAUUCGAAAACAAUUUCCAGCAGAAUUUCUAGAAGGAUCUACAACUGUCGCUGGCGUAAGAGUUAAACAGGCUGAUGAUGAAGAUGAUGAUGGACCGAAAAUUAUUUGUCAUCUUCAAUAG